AUGUUCCAUAAUCGACUCCUCCGCCAUCGAUUCAAUGUCACCAAGUUUCCUGUGAAAUUCUUGGCUGCUUUCUUUCUCAAGCCUGGCAGCGCCUUAGGACUGCCAACAAGCCCUGUGUACUGCUGCCAUAAUAUUAACCUCACCUGGCGAAACCUACCACUAGGGCAACAGGCUGAGAGAUAUCUUGCGUGGGAGUGCAUAUACCCGGACAGCAUCGACAUGGAGGCGUUGUCCCCGCGCGAUGCGAAUGCCCAAAUCCGGGCCAAGCAGCCGGCGCCCAAGGCAAAGCAACCACCACCAAAACUGACCAACAAAGAAAAAGAUCACCCACCGCCACCGCCAAGUGAGGUACAGGAACCUCCGAGUACGGAUCGACCGAAUGGGGCCAUCUACAAAACCGGCAAAUGCCUAGGCAAGGGUGGCUUUGCUAUCUGCUAUGAGGGUCAGCUAGCUGGAACAAGGCAAUUAUAUGCUCUCAAAAUUGUGAAGAGUAACAUGUCUCUGAAGAAGAUGGAGCAGAAGUUCCAAACCGAACUUCAAAUACACUCCAAGAUGAAGCAGGCCAAUAUCGUACAAUUUCACAGAGCGUUCUCUUACGAAAAAUGUACCUACAUCGUCCUGGAACUUUGCCCGAACGGAUCGUUGAUGGAUAUGGUCAGGAAGCGGAAGUACAUCACUCAGCCGGAGGUCCGCUACUGGACGGUACAGAUGGCUGGCGCUAUCAAGUACAUGCAUGCAAAGGGCAUCAUCCAUAGGGAUCUCAAGAUGGGCAAUAUCUUCCUGGACAAGGACAUGAAUGUCAAAGUCGGCGACUUCGGCUUGGCAGCUCUACUCAUGUCGGGUAAAGAUUGGCAGGCUUGUCGACGAACGACUCUUUGCGGUACGCCCAACUACAUAGCUCCCGAAAUCUUGGCGAAAGAUAAGGGUGGCCAUGAUCAUGCGGUUGAUAUCUGGAGUCUGGGUAUCAUCAUCUUCGCAAUGCUCACCGGCAAGCCCCCCUUCCAAUCAGCAACAUCCGACGAGAUCUACAGAAGAGCCCGUGAGCGAGAGUACGACUGGCCAAAAUUGGACACGUCUGAAAAUGUUAUAUCAGAUGAGGCCAAGAAUUUGGUUUCAGAACUACUCCAGGCAGCCGAAAAGAGACCUGAUCCGGACACCAUUGUUCAGCACCCCUUUUUUACAUGUGGCUUAGUGCCACAGCCCGAGGAAAUGACACCAUCACUCCGCGAGAGGCACCCGGAUCCAAGCCAAUUUCUGUCCGCCAGCAUUCGAGGAGGAAGAUCAAACAUCUAUACCAGAAAUCUGAAGAAGCUGUGUAUCAAAUGCGAGGUGGGCCCUUGGAAUUCAGAGCCAAAGAAGCACACAAGCACAUAUCGAGAAGUAGCCGACGAGGAGAAGGCUGGCCUGACUCCCGCAGUUCCAUUGCCCGAGGACGUUGUGUACCGCCCCUUCCAUCAGUUUCUCCAGGAACAGGCAAAACAGUUUUUGUCAAAUGACGAAGGCUCUUUGAAGGCAGCAAGUGUUUUUGAGAAAAUUUUAUCGCCAGCAAGAGCCACGCUGAACGAGCAGCCUGUGCCCUCUAUUAAGCACCCCGCUCAGAGUUUCGCCGCGCAGCAACGUGCUAGACCACAGGGGCUGGCUGGCAACCCAGCGAGUCGGUUGGUAAAAGCACAUCAACCAACUAAAGAAGUUAGAUUCCGGCCUCUCCUAACGAUGAACCCGAGAGCAAAAUCCAAAACAGUUGAGGCAAAAGUCGAACUGAAAGAGCCAGUAGUGAACCUCAGAACAAGAUCUAAAACAGUUGAGGCGAAAGCCGAACCGAAAGAGCCAGAAGCCGUGGCUGAUGUCGAAGAUCGCUUGGCUGCAGAUCUUGUCAAACAAUUGGCCAAGGCAGAGGCCGAGAGAAAGUCAGCAGAGUUGCCGGACCCAACCAUCUCGAUCCCUAUCAAUGCUUCUAUCUUCAAUCCGCGAGAGAAGCUGGAAGUACUACCAAAUACUAAUCCAGACAGCGUUCUUGAAGGGCUCCGUCAAUUCCAGGCUGAGCUAGAACGUGCUCUGAGCAGCAGAACGAUUGCAAUUCAGGUCAAGAAAGAGUAUCAGAACCCCACCAUUGUAGUAAAAUGGGUGGACUACACCAACAAGUACGGUCUGGGUUACAUCCUGAGCAACGGUAGCGUCGGAUGCAUUUUUAGAGCAAUGUCUGCGGGGUCUCAGUAUCCAAACAGGGGCAACAUCCCACCUACGUGCGUCGUAGUCCGGGACGCGGAGAGACACCUGUCAAACCGAGACAAUGAAGCAUACGUGGACCGAAGACAGAUAGUACCGAUUUCUGGGCCGAACAUCGAAUUCUAUGAAAACAGGGCAGCGAAGGGGAUCUUCUGUGGCAAGGUGAACCCUCAAAACUUCAAGAUUCCUAUGAACCCGGAUGGUAAACCCGGGGGACAGCUCGCUCCAGGAGUGGAUGAAUGGGACCAUCGAAAACGGGAAAUCAUCGUCUUAUGGAAGAAAUUUGCCAACUACAUGACGGUCAACUAUCCAUAUCAGGAGGCAUUGGCUAGGGAAUCUCUAGACCGCAUAUCCGAGGUCAACGCGGCUGGCAAUGUCGUAACUUUCUAUCAGCGCUUCGGUGACGUUGGCUGCUGGUAUUUCUGCGAUGGGCACCUACAGUUUAAUUUCCCCGAUCAUACGAAGAUCGUCAUCUCAACAGACGGCAAAUGGUGUGAUUUCUACCCCCUCCCACUCGAAGCCGUACACGAGCUCGCAACCAAAGGCACCAUCGCCGCAGCAUCUCUAAACGACCGCCAGCACCUCUCCUACCCGCUCCAGACUCUCCUGAGUUUCAUGAGCAAGCCCUCUCGCCCCACCAAACCCACCAGCCGCAAGCACCCAGAGAUCGACCCGAUGCUCCAAGGUAUCCUGCAAGCCAACGACUUCCGCCGCAAAGUUGAGUUCAUCCGUGACGUUGUCAGUGAGUGGACGACCAACGGCGGCAUCGGCAUCAGCGACUUGUCUUUUACCGGCCGUCUGCGCUGGAAAGGUAGCAGAGAAACUGUCAACGUUAAAGUGCCCACAAAACACGUCUGGGUGGCUGUCGGUGGACGUGGAACCGAUGACCGCAAGGUAGCGGUGUAUAACCCUCUCAAGCCGAACGACGCGAUGCCGGAUAUUGAAUGA